AUGAAAGACCACCGUCAGCCCAGUGGCCACAUUCUGCACCAGUUCCUUUGUAGAUACCCAGUGAUGCUUCAAAGGGCCAAGUACAGUCGAUUCAGGAAUGACUCUGUAACAACUACAGAAGAAUGUUCACCGAACCCAUCUUCAAAUGCCAAAGCUUGUGCCAACUCUCAUGCAAAUGCUACUUCCUUUUUACCAGUAGAAGACCUCACCUUGGUAUCGCAGGAUAGUGCAACUACACUAUGCACUUUUAUACCCAAAAUGCCUCAUUUUAAGCUGUCUAGCUCGGUGAGCCUGAUGCGACUGAGACAGUUCUCCCUGGGGACUAAACAAGUGCCUAGAUUAAAACUGACAGAUAGUCACACGGCUCCAAAUAGCCCAACAUCUGCAGAGAACACUUUCAACAGCUACAUGAGCUCUUCUCAAGUGAGGCAGGAUGUAGACUUGAGUGCAAAACCCCCAGAGGACUGUGCCCUGCCAGAAAAUGAGAAGUCUUCACCUGAUCAGAAGAACAGCUACAUCCAGCACGUGACCAUGGGACCCAUCCUCUCCUACUGUGUAAAAUACAUGGGUUGUAUUGAAGUGCUGCAGUCCAUGAGGUCUCUUGAUUUUGGCACGAGAACGCAAGUUACAAGGGAAGCAAUAAGCCGACUCUGUGAGGCUGUCCCUUGUGCAAAAGGAGCUGCCAAGAAACGAAGGCCUCCUGUGAAAUUCCUUUCCUCCAUAUUAGGGAAGAGCAACCUUCAGUUUUCUGGGAUUAACAUCAAGUUGACCAUCUCCACCAACAGCCUUAUGCUGACAAAUAUAGACACCCAGCAGGUAGUUGCAAACCACCACAUGCAGUCAAUAUCAUUCGCUUCUGGUGGAGAUCCAGAGACAACUGACUAUGUUGCAUAUGUAGCUAAGGAUCCCGUAAACCAAAGAGCUUGUCACAUUUUGGAAUGUCCAAACAGCCAAGCUCAAGAGGUGAUCAAUACAAUUGGUCAGGCAUUUGAACUGCGCUUCAAACAGUUUUUGAAGAGUCCAUCCUUUAUAGAAGAAAGUGAAGCAUUAGGCAAUAAUAAUGUGGCUGAGAAAACCGAACGAAAAGAAGGCCAUGAAUACUAUAAUGAGGUGCCAGGAAAAGAGCCCCCUUCCGGUGGUUUACUCGACAACAGAAUGCCGGGGGAAAUUGCAGGAUCUAGAUCGGAUGGUGAUAAAAAAGACCCCAAAGUGGGUUGCCCCAAAAGUACCAACAUAUAUGAGAACUGUAUAAAGAACCCGAAGACAGUAGGCUUCACUGUUCACAGUGAACAGAUGCAAGAUAUGCUGUCCGGCAGAGACAUUAUGGAUGAUCCAUGUUAUAUGAACACAGUUUCAAAAACUGAAAAUCAAGAUAAAAUUUCAGUUUCUGGGAGAUCCUGUGUAAAAUCAAUAAUUCAAGAUGCUGAAGACCUUUGCCAGGCAAACAAAACAUCCAUCAGCAGCUCCAUGCAGAAGGAAGUAUGGUAUCAUGGAAAGAUGAAUCGAAAGCUCGCAGAGAGCUUGCUUAUUCACGAUGGAGAUUUUUUAGUUCGAGAAAGCACAACAUCAGUCGGUCAGUACGUGCUGAGUGGGCUUCAUGGUGGUCACCCAAAACAUCUCCUGCUGGUGGACCCAGAGGGAAAAGUGAGAACGAAAGAUCGUGUUUUCGACAAUGUCGGCCACCUAAUAAAGUACCACAUGGAAAAUGAGUUACCGAUUACUUCAUCUGGAAGUGAGCUCAGUCUGAGGCAGCCGGUGAGGAGGCAAGAAGUUGAUGUUCUUCAGGAAUGAAAAGGACUGCAUUUAUAAUACCUGCAUAUGAACUAUUGGACGCUUGUUCCAUUUUAUUCACAUGUAAACACAACUUAUCCACCUAAAUCAAUCAUGAGGAGACGUGGUGAAUGAUGAAUUAAGGCUCCGUAGGCCACUUUUACACGUAGAUGUGAUUUGUCUUCAGGAAGAGUGAUUCCACAACAACUGCUGUAGAAGCUGUCACAGUUCUGUCCAAAAAUAUACAAGCAAAUAAUACUUAAAAGCACAACCCCCACAAUAGUACGUCAGCCAAAAGGAGUGGUAUGUGCCUUGGAAUGAAUGUUCUUAGCAGGGUACAUGUUUUUGUAUAUAUUACAGUCAUCUUUAGAAAUCUCACUAUAAUGUGUAAAGCUUUAUGAUAUUAUUGCAAGUUGUAAAAUAUGGAUCGCAUUAAAAUGAAAUCACGGAGAAACAAGCAAAGCCGGCAUGUACAUACAUCUAAUGAGUCCAACAUGAAAUUUUAGUAACACUAUAUUUUUACUAACAGUGCGCUCUUUUUUUCUUUUUUUGCAUAGACAUACUGUCAUUAUCAAACGUCCUUCAUGUAACAAUAGCUACACGAGAAAAUUUUGCCUUUUUAAAGGGGUUGUGCAAGAACGGGGGUGGACCUGAUUCCUGUCGCUGGCUGACAAUUCCUUCUUCUCCCGCCUACAAUGCUCCACUGGGCCCCCUCGCUGUAAACAUCCGGUUUGACAUCACCGCAGCCAAUCACUGGCCGUGGUGGAGACCAGAUCCCUUUGUGUCAUGUGAGCAUUUGUCAUGACGUAAGGUGAGCAGGUCACUGUCACGGCCGGUGAUUGGCUGCAGGUGAUGUCAAACCGGAUGUUUAUAGUGAGGGAGCCCAGUGGAGCAUCACAGGCUGGAAGAAGAAGCAGCGGAAGCAGGUAAGUCCCCUUCCCUUUAAAGGUUCAGCCAAGUGGGGGGGUUGCCAAAAUUCAUCCCCCAUUCUUGCACAACCCCUUUAAGGGACCUAUAUAUGUGCCAUAUGUGGUAAGUGUUGAUGUAACAGUGACAGAAUAGUAACAUUUAAAGUGCAAGAAUAUUACAGGAUUACCUGAUAAUAAUAGAGUCUAUAUGGCAUCCAUGAAAACACAAGUUCAAUGACUGAUAUCACAUAUUUCUAUAUCAGACCGUGGGUUAUAGGAGUAAAUUGGAUCAGGGAAGCAUUUGCAUCCUAUACGUCUACAUACAAUUCCUCUGGGUAUUGCAGUUUAGCCCCAGGCUCAAGCAACUUACUCAUAGGCCUCAUUCACAUUUGGGUAUUUUGGUCAGGAUUUAGCAUCAGUAUUUGUAACCUACGUAAAACCAGGCAUAGAAACUAAACACAAAAAAGCAUAAUGAAAAGAUUUGCAUCUAUUCUGGAUCCACCUCAGUGCUAAAUACUGGCCGAAAUACACAAGGGCAAAAGAGGCCAUCAGCUAGGGGUCUGCAACAUUUUAUGUACGGAGUGCCAGAAAAAGAAAAUGAGCUGAAGUGCUCAAUGUGCGUUGCCAUACAAAGUCAUACGACACAAACAUGUGACAUAAACCGGGUAUUUACUAGCUACAUCCCAAAAUUCUCAACAUGUCACUGCUCAUCCUAAUCUGCCUAAGGGACCAAUAUAUGGGGGACCACCUCCAGCAACCGGGAGAGAACAGCCUUUACUGACUUUAACUGACUGAGGGCUGCCCUGCCCCACCACUGUCCGCCAUACACUGGUGCCCCAUAUACUGCUAACUCUCACAAUAAUAACAAUCAGAGCUCACAUGCAUACUCACCAUUCCCACCACACCCCCAAAACUGGUCAAAGAGCUUAUUCCCCAUCUCCCCAGCAAUCAUUUUCAGGCUCAGCACUGCCUUCCAAUCCCCCAAAGUAGUCAGAAAGCUGGCAUUCCCAUCAUAACCAGCCUCUAAUUACCCCAGCAAUCACAUUCAGGCCAAUCAUCCUCCUGACACCCACUUCCCCCCAAGAAUCACAUGCAGGCUCACCAUCCCCUUCACCUCCCAAGUAAUCAGAAAACUUGCACCCCAUCAUCCCCCCAGCAAUCAAAUGCAGGAUCACCAUCCCCCUUCCCCGAAAGUAGUCAUAAAGUUGGCUUCAAUUACAUGCAGACUCACAAUCCUCCCGCCACCCCCAAACUAGUCGCAGUGCUUGUUCCCCCAUUUCACCUCCCCACCCCCAAACUAGUCACAGUGCUCAUUGAUCCCCCUUCACUGUCCUCCCCCCACCCCCAAACUAGUCACAGUGCUCAUUCCCCAACCUCCCUCCACCCCCAGAGCUUGUUCCUCUGUCUCCCCAAGCUCACUUGCUCUCCCCAUCCCCAGUCCUGAGGAGGAGCAUCGUAGCAGCAGAGAGGUAGCAGGGUCCCACACUCUGAUAUCGCUCGGGCGGGAAGUGUGAGGGGCAGGCCUAGCAGACGCCUGUGAUGCUUUUCAAUUAUUUUUUUUUUUUUCAUUAAGAUACAGCGCGGUGGCGGGGCAAGGAACAAAUGGUGACCAGACAGAAAAGUCUUGCCGUCAUUUGGUGACAGCUGGUGUGGCAGCAGAAUGCGGUUUGCGUGCAACCUCUGGCAUGAGUGCCACAGGUUGCCGACCCCUGCCAUAGGAUAGCCAGGUUUAUAUGAAAUUACCCAUGGUUUGAUGGUACCCAAACCAACCUCACUGUAGAUUUGGAGAACAGUACUAAGGAAAAUAGCAAAACUAAUAAUACUAACCGAUUACCACUACACCCAUCAUUGUCAGUCAUACAUGUACCCACAAAUAGGCUAGAAGAGGAGCAGCAUCCAGAGCAUGCACAGUGAGUGCGGUGUGCUGGCCUCAGCUUCUUCUGUGCACUGAAUAUGUACUGGAUGCCACCAUUGCUGGCCUGAGAUGCUGUAUCCUGGCAGCAGGGACGUUCUCAAGGGGUUCUCCGGGCAUUUGGUCCAAUCAGGGCAUGGUGCUAACCAUUGGAGGGAAGCUCUUUUACAUGGCACUUACCCUCCCUCGCUUCCCCCAUGCAGUGGUCUGCUGCACUAUAAUGAUAUAAUGCAGCUGAACAGGAAAAGAAGCAGCCACAUCUGGUCAGGACCUGGGUGACAGCACACAACAGUGCGGCAGAGAUGGCGGUAUCAGGAGAGUCCGAUGUAAGUCCUAUGUAAAAGAGCUUCUCUCCGCAGGUUAGCACCAUGAACUUAUUGGACCAAAUGCCCAGAGACAGAGAACCCCUUUAAGGGUAUGGACACAUUGACUAUUAAGCUGGGCAGCUCCACCUUUGCGACUACAACAAGCCAAUCUGACUACAGUGUGUGCCGGGAUCAAACUUCAUAUUUAACAUAAUGAAGUUACAGUCACAUGCUGGGACCCCAACCGAUUGCUAUAAUAAAGGGAAGCUCUGUGGCGUGCUUUGUGCAGGUACACCCAGCCCCAUUAUUUUAAUGCACAGUUCCGGACAAAAGUGGCUUCAGUCCUUUUGUUCUCAUGAUCAGUAGAGGUUUCACCCCCAUGAUCACAAAGUGACGACAUAUCCAUAGAUAUAUGUGGUCACUUGGUAAGGUUGGAAUACCACUUUACAUUUUAACAAUUACCUGAGGGCAAUCCAUUUACUGUAUAGGAAGCUCAUAUUAGAAAUGAUUUGGUCUGUUCCAUCUAAUACAUUUCAGAUAUAACUAAGAAAUAAUAAAUGUGAAAACUAUC